AAGAGAUCCAUCAGAGAAAAACCAUCAUCAUUAUCGUCAGCAUCAUUAUUAGCACAUCAUGACAUAACUAACAAUAAUCAUUAUAAACAUCUGAGAGAAAAAAAAGAACAAGAACAAAGCAAAACCUCAAAGAAGUGCAAGUUCUCAGUUUGAAGCCAUAGCUGAGAAAUGGAAGAAGAAGAAGAAGAAAAAGCGAACCAAAUGAUGAUGAUCAAAGAGCCACUUCUUUCUCAACAACCACCUUUCUCUUCUUCUCUUCUCAUCUAUUUGUAUGUUGGCCACUUCUUGGCCAGAUGGGGUGCCAGGAUGUGGGAAUUCUCUGUUGGUUUGUACAUGAUUAAUCUUAGUCCCAACUCAUUACUCCUGGCUGCUCUCUACGGCGUGGUGGAAUCUGCCUCCACUGUAUUGUUCGGUCCCCUUGUUGGACAAUGGGUCGAUCGCUUAUCAUACGUGAAGGUUCUACAACUCUGGCUGUUAACACAGAAUCUCUCUUUUCUCAUUGCCGGAGGCACGGUGGUCGCAUUGCUAGUCCACCCAGACUUACAAUUUUCAAAUUCCAUAGCAUUCGUGUCACUUGUCAUAAUAACCAAUAUUUCUGGAGCUAUCGGCGUGCUUUCCACUCUCGCCGGAACCAUCUUGAUCGAGAGAGAAUGGGUGGUGGUGAUAUCAGAAGGCCACCCUGCGGAAAUUCUGACGAGCAUGAAUUCGGUUAUAAGACGCAUUGAUUUAAUCUGCAAGCUUUUCGCACCCGUGUUGACCGGCUUCAUUAUCAGUUUCGUAUCUCUAACAGCAUCGGCUUUUGCUUUAUCGCUUUGGAACACCGUAUCUGUUUUCUUGCAAUAUUGGAUGCUAAUGUCCGUAUACAAUGGGUUUCCGUCUUUACGCGAAGGGAGCCUAAAGAGGGUUUCGAGGUCGUCGCCAGUUCCGGAAGAGAGCCCUUCUACUUCUGGGGCGAAAAGUACGGUGCUUUCUGAUGAUGAAAAUGAUUCGGAGUUGUCCAAAAACAGCUGGAUAGGGAAACUAAUCGAGCGGUUUUCCAAGAUUCAAUAUGUUGUUUCAUGGAGAGUGUACUUGCAGCAAGAUGUGGUACUUCCCGGUGUAGCUCUUGCUUUGUUGUAUUUUACCGUGCUCAGCUUUGGAACUCUAAUGACUGCUACAUUAGAAUGGGAGGGUAUACCUGCAUAUGUUAUUGGAAUUGCGCGUGGAGUAAGUGCUACAAUAGGAAUAGCUGCAACAUUUCUCUAUCCUAUCUUACAGUCUCGGAUUUCAACGCUUCGAACAGGACUCUGGUCCAUCUGGUCUCAGUGGAUUUGCCUCUUAGUAUGCGUAGCUUCGAUAUGGGUACAAAACAAGCUUGUAUCGGCAUACGUGCUGAUGGGCGGAGUGGCUGCAUCGCGCCUUGGAUUGUGGAUGUUUGAUUUAUCUGUCAUCCAACAAAUGCAGGAUCAAGUUCCAGAAUCGGAUCGCAUAGUAGUGGGGAGUGUACAAAAUUCACUUCAGUCUGUUCUCGACUUGAUGACAUAUGUUAUGGGCGUAAUCGUCUCUGAUCCCCAGGAUUUCUGGACGUUGAUAAUGCUAUCGUUCGUGUUGGUGACCCUGGCUGCAGGACUAUACAGUCUGCACAUUUAUUGCGUCCGCAAGCACCUCAUUCACUUUGAAAAGUUGAUUCUGUUGUUUUCCCUGAGGAAUCAUCCGAGGUAAAUGCUCCCCCACGUUACCAACAAUGAGGGUUCGAAUCCCAUCCCGUUCGCUUAGUUGAUAUGCUUAGAGGAUGGCUUUUGAAGUCUGAACCUCAAGUUUACCUUUUUCGGUUGGGUCUAAAGGAUUCUGCCCAGGACAGGCUCUCUAUCAUUAAAAAAGAAAAAGAAAAAGAAAAAGAAGAAAGAAAGAAAGAAAAAAAAAGACGACUUGUUUCCACGAUUUGUAAAAUCAUCAUAAACUCACGUCAGAAUAGGUGUAAUUUUUAUUUUUUUAUUUUUAUUGUAAUGGAUUUGAGUUUGUUGACACUCACGCCUCAUUUGUAAAUAAUUGAUGUUAGUGUUGAUAUCCAUGUAACAGGCAUCUAUGCUAAGUUGAAUUGUGGAAUCUUUUUUAUUAGUAUGUUGUUUUAAGCAAAUUUAUUGCAAGAGAAACUUGGAUUUAGGGGCUACA